AUGGAUUGGAGUGGAAAUAUAAGUUUUCCAGAAUUCAGUCUUCUGGGGUUUACACAGAAUGAAGAGUCAACAUUUCCUCUCUUUUGUAUUUUCUUUUUUAUGUAUAUCAUAACAUUGCUUACAAAUAUUUUCAUGGUGGUGCUCAUAAAAACAUUUAACCAUCUGCACACACCCAUGUACUUUUUCCUUGGCCAACUUUCCUUUCUGGAUACAUGUUAUUCAUCAGUUAUUUCUCCUAGGAUGUUGAUAAACUUCUUCACUAAAGACAGAUCGAUUUCCAUUACCGGCUGUGCAGCUCAGAUGUAUUUCUUUGUGGCAUUGGGAAGUACUGAAUCUUUCUUUCUCGCUGCAAUGUCAUAUGAUCGAUAUGUUGCUGUAUGCAAACCAUUAUUAUACAUUGUGACCAUGACCAAACCUACUUGUAUUUCCCUUAUAGUGGUCUCCUAUGUCAUUGGACUACUACAUUCCUUAAUUUAUGUCAUCUACAUAUUUAAAUUGCCCUUCUGCAAAUCACAUGGAAUUGACCAUUUCUUUUGUGAUGUUUUACCACUUUUGAAACUCUCCUGUUCCGAUACUACAUUAAUUGAAAUUCUACUCUUUACUUUUACUGGUUCUAUUUGUAUGAGUUGUCUGCUUUUGAUUGUUGUGUCAUACUUACUAAUUAUUUCCACUAUUUUGAAAAUCAGGUCAGCAAAAGGAAGAAUACAAACUUUCUCCACCUGCACUUCCCACAUUACAGUUGUCAGUAUAUAUUUUGGUACUAUCUUGUUUAUGUAUUUAAGACCUCGUGAAAAAUAUAAAUCAAAUCAAGAUGUAGUAAUAUCUGUCUUUUACACAAUAGUUAUACCUCUAUUAAACCCUAUAAUUUAUAGUGUUAGAAACAGGGAGGUUAAAACAGCUAUUAGAAAAGCUUUAGGCCUCUAA